AAUCUCACCAGCGCCCGCGCGCGCGCGCGAGUACGUGUUGUCGAGACGAGACGAGAGAACCAUGCUACUAAACCCCCUCCAUUAAUUCCACCGUGAUUCCAUCUCCUUUGUCCUCCUCCUCCUCCACCGCUUCGUCUCUCUCUCUCUCUCGCUUUCCUCUCUUAUAUAUCGCCUCCUCUCCUCCUCCUCCUCUGCAUCGCCAUUGCUGCCUAGCUAUUCUACUAGCUUUGUUUCUCUCUUGGCGACGAGGCUGUGGAGAAGGGGUAGAAGCAGUACGUCUUGGUGGUGGCAGCGUUUUGGGGGAUGAGGGCGGGCGGGAUGCUGUGCCGGUCGCAGGCGGCGACGGCGGUGUGCGUGCCGGGGGACGCGCGCUCCAUGAUCGUGUCGCGCCGCGCCGACCGCACCAUCGCCGAGGACGCGCGCCUCGCGCACGACGUCAGGUACGCGCGCCUCGGCGCUGCUGCAUCCGCCGGCGGCGCGCGGGUCCCGUCGCGGCGGUUCGCGGCGCCGAGGCAGGCGCUUACUCCUCCUCCUCCUCCGCCGCCGCCGCCGCAGCCGCCGAAGCAGCACCGGCGCCCUCGCCGCGGGGCCGGCGUCGCGGUGACGUUCCCCAUGGUGACCAAGAGCCCCAAGGAGACCCCGGCGAGGGAGAUGGCCGCAGCCGCCGCCGCCGCCAAGCGCGCGCCCCUCGCCGCCGCGUCGCCCGGCGACCAAGUCCUCCAGGUGGUGGUCAUGAAGGUGGCUAUUCACUGCCAGGGGUGUGCAGGGAAAGUGAGGAAGCAUAUCUCCAAGAUGGAAGGUGUGACGUCGUUCAGCAUCGACCUGGAGAGCAAGAAGGUGACAGUGAUGGGUCACGUGUCGCCGGCGGGCGUCCUCGAGAGCAUCUCCAAGGUCAAGAAGGCCGAGCUCCUCUUCCUCUGAUCAUCAUCGUCCUCUCGCCGUCGCCGUCGCCGGACGCCGCCGGCGCGUCGCCAUGGAUGCUAGCUUCGCUGAGAAAGAAGUAUAUGCUUUCUGCAUGCGAAAUUCUUCUAGCUAGCUAGUAGCUACUGGGCACAGCAAGAAGAGAGAGGUUAAUUAGAGGAGAGAUAGAGGGAGAGAGAGAGAGAGACAGAGGCAGGGGUACAUGCUGUGAUAGAUCGAUGGGUGAAAGCUUAGAGAGAGGCAGGGGCAGAGGCAGGCAUGCGUGGUGAACUGUGCGUUGCUGGUGUCUUGUGCUGUGUCGUGUACUCGUGUGUGUGUGUCCAUGCAUAUGCUUUGCUUUACUCAAUCCUUUUCUCUUUUCUUUUAUUUUCUUUUACCUUACAUGCA